ACGUGUCGAAGCGGUAAGUGAUAGACACCACACKGGCGUGGCUACUGAUAGUUUGGUGGUCUUUGCUCACGGCUUUGUCAAAGAAGAACAGGAAGCUUUUGCAUGCAAAGUAACUUAGCUUUACAAUAAAUCUUUUUGAUUGCAGAUCAUGCCAAGAACCUGUCUUCACAAUUUCACUCGGUACAUUUUCGGURGAGAAACCAAAGCAGAAAACAAAAGAAUGAAGUAUCUGUGGUUAAUCGUUCUUCUUGGAACGAUACAUGCUUCUGUUGGAAAACCAACGGGUAACAAUGCGAAUUGUGGAAAACGACCAGACUUGACGACAUCGAAACGCAUCGUGGGGGGUAAUGAGAGUCAGCAAGGAUCAUGGCCAUGGCAAGCGGCAGUGUUGGUUAAUAAUAUUCAGUGGUGCGCAGGCUCACUUAUUAACGACUACUGGGUCGUCACUGCUGCCCAUUGCGUGCUUGGUCCUUCUAUGGCUGUUAUGGAUCCUAAGCUACUCACCGUAGCACUUGGAGAACACAAACUUGGCGUGAAUGAAUCGUUCGAGCAAAUCAAGAACGUUCAACAAAUCAUCUCUCAUCCUAACUUCAAUUUCAGCUUCGAUAAAAACAAACUCCUUUUUGUUGAUAAUGAUGUGGCUCUUCUAAAACUCUCCACACCAGCUACCUUUGACACCUUUGUCAAGCCAAUUUGUCUCCUUCCUAARGGAAUUACGUUUGAUUGGGGAACUGAGUGUUACGUAACAGGUUGGGGACACACUCAGUUCAAUGGCACUCAGCCUGAUGCUUUGAGAGAAGCUAAAGUGGAGCUUGUUUCUCAUGAAGUCUGCAACGGCAAAUUAUCCUAUCAAGGUUAUAUCAACGAUGUUGCUUUAUGUGCAGGUUUUGAGGAAGGUGGGGUUGAUGCAUGUAAUUAUGACAGCGGUGGGCCACUUGCUUGUAAGAGGGGGGGUCGGUUUUACCUUACAGGGAUAGUGUCAUGGGGACAUGAAUGCGCCCUGCCCCACAAAUAUGGCGUGUAUACCAAUAUGAUGGUUCUCACAUCUUGGGUGAAAAACAACAUCUGAACUCAUAUUAUCAUGACUUAACGACUAARAGGGUUCCAAAGGUUAAUUGGCAUUUCUAAUAACAUUUUGUAGCAAUUAGUAYGGUCGGGAAAUAAAGCUGAUUAAAGAUCAAUUGGGUACUAAUACUGACUCAGACUUAGGCACUAUCAAUUUUUAUCUUUAUAAGCUUCAUGCAAAACUUAGAUGCCGUCAAAUUCUACGAUUACAAAGUAUCAUGGGAUGAAUCUGUAAUGGUAA